GAUGUGAAUGGACAAGCCAAGGAGCCUUUGGGGCCCCGACUUUGCCACCUCAAGAAAGGCCCCAAUGGCUACGGGUUCAACCUGCACAGUGAGAAGUCCAGGCCUGGGCAGUUCAUCCGGUCGGUGGAUCCGGAUUCACCAGCGUCCAAGGCGGGUCUCCGACCACAAGACAAACUUGUUGAGGUCAAUGGGAUCAAUGUAGAAGGCAUGAAGCAUUCAGAAGUUGUGGCCCAUAUCAAGUCUAAGGAAAAUGAAGCUAGGUUGUUGGUAGUGGACCCUGGAACAGACGAAUAUUUCAAGAAACUUGGCAUCACUCCUGCUGAGGAACACAUUCGAGGGGGAGUUCCUCAACCUAUGACGAAUGGGUCCGCGCAAACCCAGCUGAAUGGAGGAUCCCUGUCUUCAUCCCACAGCGAUUGCCAAAGUCCCGAGGAGGCCGAGGUAAAGACGCAGCCUUUUUCUCGUCCGGGCCAAGGACUGAAUUGCAAAGCGCUGAGAUUUCGUCCUUCGCCGCCUGCUCUUCCAUUGCGGGGUGGCCGGCUUUCCUGCAGAAGCUUCUUCUUAGUCCUGCCUCUUCCUCUUCCUCCUCCUCCUCCUCCUCCUCCUCCU